GUUUCAAAAGAUGAGAUCCAUUACAGGGGCAGGGGUGACAGGCAAGAGCCAGAUCCUCACAGCAGUGGACAUUCAGUUGAAAGCAGAGCUUUGGUGGUUUUCCUGCUGGAUGUUCCUGGUCACAAGUCCAUGCCUUCAAAAGGUAAGAAGGCAAGUUUGGAUAUGGUCACUGAUUUGGUGAAGCAAAGUGUGAGAUGGGGAGGUGUUCCCAUUUGGAAUGGUGCUAUUUCCUUCAACUGCUUUGAUCCCAGAGGGAACCCUGCUACUCUCACCUGGAGCUUCAAUGGCCAGGGCCUGACAGCAGAUCUUGCUAACCUGGAAGCAUUCAGCUCAACUGCUGCCAGGCUGUGGAAAAAGCUGAUUGAUGUUGGAUGGCAGGGACAGAAGAUCACUUCAACCCUUGAGUUGGCCAGUCUUUGGGAUGUGAUGUUCUUUGUUUCCUAUACCAAGCACAACCAGGCAAGCUCAGAUGUAUGGAAGAAUGUGUGCCAGCACAUUUACCCUGAACUUGUGUAUGUCACUGGAAGCUUGAUGGCAAACUUUGCUUGCCACCUUGGCACCAAGCCCUUGGAAGAGCAGAGGGAGCAACUUCUAGAUGUGUGCUUGUACCACAAGGGCAUGGCUGAAGCCUUUGCAGAUUGCCAGCAAGUGGCUGUAUCGUGGGAUGCUUCCACUUACGAUUGCGAAGUGCUUGUAACAGUGGCCCAUGACCAGAAAAGUGGGAUCACUGGGUUCUUGCCCAUCCAGUGCAUGGCACCAGUCAUGACUGAAGAACUGGACACAGAGGUUCAAAGGUUAGCCUUUGAGGGGUUGAUCAGCAUGAGCGACGUGGGGCCAAUGAAUCUUCCUGCAUUGGACAUGCUAACUUAUAAGGCCAAGCUAAUGAUCCAUGCACAAUUUGAUCCUUUUCAUCGCUGCUGGAACGACCUGAAACUUGCUUACAAGCAUGGCCCUGGUCAACUCUGGAGGACAAUGUUGGAAUAUUCUUUGGUGUACAACAUCAACUAUGGCCCUGCAGGAACCAAAGCCUGGUGGGACAGGAAAAAACAAUGCCAUCAAGAGUUUUUCUUGCAGAACUCCCCAUAUUCCAGCAUUUUUCUGGAAUACCUUCCCAUGAUUGCCAGGGAACUUGAACUCCCUGAAGAGCCUUCAACUGCAGAGGAGCUCGAAGCAGUUUGGAACAGGUUUGGAAGCAUGCAGAGUCUUGAGAAAGCAGGGCCUCUGGUGAAACUGAUGAGGUGGUUUUCGUUUUUCGAAAGCCACACCUUCUACAAGGGUGAGCUCUUCGUGACGAAAAUGCUCAUGGCAUUUGGCAAGAGAGCUGAAGAUUGUGUGACUGAGGAGCAUGAGGCUUUUCCUGCACAGCUGGAAAACUCCACCAUGAAUCACAAGGAGGAGAUCAGGCAGCUCAAGCUCAAGUACGGUUGCUGGUCUCUUGCUGUGAAGUUCAUCAGUCCAGAAUCUUGGUGGAAGUGUGCCUUCAUGAGCAUUUGA